AUGGUCAUUUUCUGCAGCAACACUCACACAGGAACAGCCCCUUCGCCGCCAGAGUCAGACAUUCCAGACACCGAAAACUCCAUCAUUCAAGCGGUGGUCCUCUCCGUCUGGGACAACAUUCUCGGACCCAGAACGCAGCACGUGUGGCGGACACAGUGUCAGGAACCGUUAACCACCGGCGUUAUACCGUACAUCUCCAACCACACUCUGUCCGGCGAGAUAUGUCGUUGCGGAGAAGAAGAAGAAACCGCUGGAAGUGUAGACUCCAAAUUCUACAUCCUACCCGACAAGGGCAUCAUCGCCAGUUGUUUUAUCUUUACGGGAAGGGCAGCUGUAGGUAGAAGCGUGUUCUCCAUGUCCAUUAUAUUACCGUUGUCAAAGUUGAAAGUGUACCUCCCGUGGCAUGACCUGUGUGGAGCCAGGCUGACUAAGAUUAUCCGGCAACUUCAGGUGGAUCUGGAAAAGAAUCAGGAUACUGGUGAUGUGAUGUCAUCCCUGUCUGCCAGUCUACUGCAGUUUGUCCGGCUGGUGUUGUCUCUACAGAGGGACUCGCUCAACCCUUCCAUGGAUUUAUCUGAGUCUGUGUUUGCUUCGGGCAAGGAAAGGAUGAUAGAAGAAGGCUUCCUCAGAAGGGCCAUCAUCUCACAUCUUCAAACCCUAGGCUGUUCAGUCGUGUAUGGCAAGUCUGAUAAAAUCAUCAACAUGGUGAUCCACACACUGGCAGCCUUCCUAAGCCCCACAGAGAGACAGAGGUCACGUGUCUGUGUGAGAAGCACAACUCCUCAUGUGUAUGAAGCUGACCUGUUUCUGCAGGGAAUCAUAGAGGACAAGAAAGGUGCUGGGUUGGAUCUGCCCAUGUUUGACGUGUUAACCAGUCAGUACCCGACCUCCCUCAUUAACCUGACAAACGCCGAGGUACGACAGACGCCACCGUUUCACGUACAUUCCGCCCGGAGACACGAGAUCCUCACGUUACAGAUGUACUCAGAUGGGGAUGAGAGUCCGCUGCCUGACAUGAGUAUAUUUGAGCUUGUGGACACAGAUGAGUCCUUUGUUCAAACAUUUUUGGCAGAGGUGUUCCAACUCCACCCGUCCUGCGGUGUACGCGAGGCAUACAUCGAAAACUUCUGCCGUAUGUUAGAGAGGAAGGCUCUUGCACUCAUUAAGUAUCUGGAGACAGAAACGGAUCAGGGUCAGCAGCCUCUGAAGCUUUCCAGUCUGAAGCGGAUCCGGAACGACCUGUCACUCAGACUGGAGGGGGACUUCUGCACCGUCCUGGCCGUGGCUGAGAAGAUGAAAGCAGGCGUGUACAACUUCUGGUACCACUCCGCCAUGCAGAGUACUGACCAGCUCAGGGACACGCUUGGCAGUCUGUAAAGAAAACGUUACAAUGACUCAAUUUUUUUUUAAUGGCUCUCGGUGGCAAAUGUUGACACAUCGGCGCACCGAAUCCGUGGUGUGUUUUUGGCACACAAUUAGACAGAUUAGCCUAAGAGUCAUCACUCCACCAUACAGGGAGGAAAGUUGUGUAAAGUGCCUUUCCCAAGGGCACAAUGUUGGGACAUGGUGAGAAUCGAACCUGGGACCUAUUGGUUCCAAGUCCAAUGCUCUAACUGUUGUGCCACUGAUGCCACUACACUGACUCAAUGACGUUUUGUUUUUUCACACAAUGGACAUCUAAUUUCAAAAUCGCUAAAAAAUGGAGCAUAACUUUUGCCUGCGAGUCUAUCAUUACAUUGAACAAGGCAUGCAGACACACCUGUUUUGGGUACUGAACACCAACCUGGUUCCACAUACAGGUAAACAUGCUUGUCCUUGGUGCUGAACACCAUCUACGUAAGGUAAACAUACCUGUCCUUGGUGCUGAAUACCAUCUACAUACAGGUUAACACACCUGUCCUUGGUGCUGAAAACUAUCCACACUUUGCUUUGUGAUUAUCAUAGUUACCUUGGACAGAACAUGAAGAACCAUAAUUGUUAUCAACGAAAAAUUAAUAAUUCUGCAAACUUCCAACAAAUUUUCAUCACCAUAGAACUCACAAUUAGACAGUCUAUUCCACGAAAUCCCUGUCAUUAUGAGAAGAAAUGUUUUGAGAUCGUAAAUUUAGACCUCUGACACCUUUGUGUGCUUGUUUAUAAAUAUUCGUACGGCUAAAUAGUAUAUGAAAU